UAGUGUAAUUAGAAAAACUGAACAUAUGAAACAGGCGCCCUGUCGUCGUCGCCGCUUAAACUUCGAAGUCAAUUCUGCGAUCGUACACGUCGUUCGAACACACACCUAAAACAAAAUGUCGAGGCACAAUCACAAGGAACUCUAGCAGCUGCAGAGCACAGCCGAAUGCGCGAAGCACGAUAGUACUGAAGUGAUUAAACGAGAAAGUAUUGAAUGCAAUUCAAUGUGAUUGUGAUAAUGAAAUAUUUUUUAAUAACUGCAAAUGAAGCACUACACAUAAUAUUAAAUAAAUGUGUUCCCUUACUGAAAUGCACAAGCGUACGAGAGCCGUGAUCGAACAAGUGAAGUGAAUACAAGUGAGUGAAACAGAUAUCUUUUUUAUCGCUUGCUACAGCUACAGGGUCCGCCAUUGCCCAUGUUAAUAAUCGACGCCGAGCGAUGAGCAAGAUAUUUCGUAGUUAAAGAAACGAAUUAACUUGAUAUAUUAACUUGAGACUGUCGAAUUUACAGAAGAAGGUUUUUGUGAAAUUUGUUUUAGUGUAUCAAUACAGUUAUUAUUAGGUUAUUAGUUCAGAAGCUCCGAUCGAUUACUUCAGACGGACAUGACUUGCCACCUCGUUCACCGAGUUGUUCGAAGUGGCGAUUAAGCAUUUUUUUAGAAACUAUUAACGCCAGUAACACUAAAAAUGAGCGAACAAUGAUUUCUUAUUAUAAAUAAUUCGAGCUCUUUUGUUAUGGCGAAGACUGUGCAUUUGUUCAAGAGAUAUUGUAUUUGACUAGCGUCGAUCUUUUGAGUGAUACAAAAUGGAGGAAGAGCAACGUAGGUUGAAGUUGUUAGAUGAUCUGCAAAAAUACGUUCCGUUUUUGAGGGCAAUGAUCGCUAAUUUACAAAAUUCUUCAAAAACUCAAGAAAAACAAAGAAGUCCUCAAUUAAGCAAAAUGAUGUCCUUGUUGUCCCUUCUGACAGAUCAAAAAAGAAAAUUGAAAGCCCAUACCCUUGAGAAGUGCGAAGAUGUUUUGCGAAAGCUCUACGACAAAAUGGAAUUGAGUGCUUCUGUGAAGAAGCGCAACUAUCCAAAAAUCGCGAUGUUAGAUUCAAAUAUCAAAGAUGGAACGGAUAACCCAAUCCAUUCGCCUUUAAAUAUUAUACUUGAUAGGCUAAAUGCAUCGAAUUCUUCAGCUCCUGCUAGUCCUAGUCCGCCUUUGUUUGAUUCUAAUUUGAAUAUACCUAUAAUAAUUCCCACUGAAAGAGUAUGCGAAGAAUCUUCAAACUCCCCACAACGCGUGAAACCUCUGGCACAAGAUAAUAAAAAUACGUAUUCUGCAAGUGUAGAUAAUUCUGAUGUUUUGUUUAUGCGACGACCAGCAACUUCAUGUAAAUCUAAUUCCAGAGGAAAUGAUGAUUCACAACAUGUAUUGCCAAAAUCACCAUCUAGAACUAUAAAUACUUCACCUUCUCAAUUUUCUCCAAAAAAAAUAGAUUUAUACAGAAGUGAUAACACCGAUUCUUAUAUACAACAAACCAAUAUAUCAAAAUGCAGUCCUACUGCAGAAAAAAGAAGAAUAACUGUUUUCGAUAGAUUAGGAGAAAAGUUAGUGCAUACUGAAAGCCCAUUAGUAAAUAAUAGUAAAAAAACACCUUUGAAAUGUUCUAAUGAUAAAGUUCCAAAAAGUGCAACUUUAAUCACUAAUCUCACAAAACAACUAAAAGAAGCUCAAUUGCAACAAGAAAUUGAAUCAGAUAUAGCUAAUUAUUUGACGCAAAAUGAAGAAAAUGAUUUUAUUAAAAAUACAAAUACUCUAACUGGAAAAAUUUCCAAACCGAAUCAAUCCGUUGUUAUGCCAAAGAAACAAGAAUCUUCUUGCGGUAUUAAGAAGUCGACACCUGUACUUAAAGCAACAACUCGUAAAUUGGAAGACUCAAGUGUUUUUGGUGAUGUUCUAGCCAAACUAGAUAAAACCUUAAUAGAUAACGUUAGUAAAAAUCCAAACAUAAAACCACAGAGUUUAAGGAUUCUAAAGAAGAUAAAAGUAUAUUAG